UGCAUACGUUGAAGGAUGGCCGAAUGUUUACGUUUUGUUAACACCGUCCGAUUUAGGCUUGGCCUAGUGAUUGUUUUGACAGGCUUCUUGAUUUCCUUAGCGAUAGAAGGCCGUGCUGUGGUCCUCGACAAAAACAAUGGGAUCAUGUUGCCCGACAAGGAGGUGCAAGUGUUUAACGCUUCGGCCAAUAUUAGCGUGACGUGCAUCUUCAUCCACUCAGUCGAGAUCAAAUGGAAUGUUCCCGACUACCUUAUUAAAACACCCGGGAUUAGUGCAAUGGCCGAGCGAUUGAAUUUCAUUUUCGAGAAGAACGAGACUCACGUUUGGUCAACGAUGACUAUCACAAAAGCCAGGGCAAGAGACACUGGCUGUUACGAAUGCUAUUUACCUUUGUUUAAUGAAGUCCGAGUGAAGCAGUACCUCUACAUUUACAAUAGAAGAGAUGCAGUCGUUAUGGAAGACGAAUUAGUCAAAUUUCGCUUUGACAUAGGCGAAGAAGUUUUGAUACCCUGCAAUCCCACUCACCCUGAUGUCGUUGUGCAGUUGAAACGUUCUCCUCAGUUAGCCCUCGGGCAACUAUCGAAGGAGGAACUGCAACGAGACUUGUUAUCCGGAUUGUCUCAAUAUUGGUUCCGGCAACCGUUCAAAGGAUUGCGUCACAGAAAUGUGACCCUGGACGAUUUCGGAAGUUAUCAAUGCAGUGGCCUACUCAAAAACAGUACGGGCAAGCCAACGGACAAAAGAUUUAAUCUGAUUGUGUCUGGAGUUGAUCUGACUAGAAAUGGCAGUGCUCGUGAUCCUGUGGAAGGAAGUACCGUCGUUCUGAUCUGUCGUUCCUACGCUCUUUCAUCUCCACCACGCUGGUCGUAUUAUCAGACUGCCAGCGACACCGAAGAGGAACAGGUUAGCAUUAGUGAAAGCGAUACGCCAUCCGAAUUGGCUUUGAAAAUCAACACGACAAAACUGACUGUUCACGGAGAAACAGAUUCAUAUUACGUAAGCAUUUUGGAAUUGUCUAAUGCCACAGUGAAUUCGCCACAAAAAUUCGGAUGUUGGGCUGCGAAUAAGCGUGAACAAAUCGAAUCGGCAACCAUUUCAUUCCAAGUCACACGGGCUCGCAUUCCCGUCAUAGCAGCAAGGAGCAAUUCGACGGCGUCCGUCCAAGUGGUGCUGGUUAAAGGACAAGCUCGAAAUUUGACGUGCGCUGGAUACGCUUCGCCUCAACCUGAGAUUCAGUGGCUCAAGGAUGGCAUACAACACUUUGACGAAGUUUACUCUAGUGGCAAUGCGACUGUGUUGACCCUACAAGGCACAGAAGAAGAAGUCGGUUCGUACGCUUGCAUCUUUAGUAACUACCUGGGCCAAAGUUUCAAAAAUUUCACCGUGACCUUUGUUGAGGAGCCGGACGAGAUUGGUAAUACAGUUGUGAUUGCUGUUGGUACAUUGACGGCCGUCAUCAUUCUGGCUACUAUCCUGAUUGGCAUUAAACUCUACUUUGAUAAGAAAGGGAACUUGUUUCCAGGCGCUCAAGCACUGCUCAGAGGCAAACCAAACGAACUGAAUGAUCAUCUCAGUUUGGACGAGCAAAUCGAAAUUUUGCCCUACGAUACGCGAUGGGAAUUUCCCAGGCAUCGACUUAAACUCGGUGUGCAGCUGGGGGCUGGGUGCUUCGGCCGAGUGGUCAAAGCUCAAGCUGUCGGUGUGAAAGAUUCUGAGGAAACUGUCAAAACAGUGGCAGUGAAGAUGGUGCGUUCCCAAACUAACGUGGCUGCCCUGGAAGCUCUGGUCGGUGAAUUAAAAAUCAUGAUACACCUGGGGGCACAUCUGAAUGUCGUUAAUCUGUUGGGAGCUUGCACGAAAAGCGUCAUCAAAGGAGAACUUUUGGUCAUUGUCGAGUAUUGUCGAUUUGGAAAUUUGCAAACUUAUCUGGUCGGCCACCGGACGGAUUUCUUCAACCAAGUCGACGAGUUCGGCAAUCUCUUGACGGAUGCUGAAAUGCAAGAAAUGGACCAUUCCAGAAAUGGAAACGCGAAUAAUGUGGAUGAGAUUCAAACGUGCUCAUCUCAAGCCAAUUUGAUCGAUCAAGAUAUUUCUGCUUGCCCAGAAGGUUCAUCCUCGUCGUCUUCCAGUGGGGAAGUCAUUCCAGGUGCAGACACGUUUGGAUUUUAUCAACAAGACCCGGAAAAUCAAGUGAGUCAUUCCGUUUCGACAGCCGAUUUGAUAUCUUGGUCCUUUCAAAUCGCCAGAGGAAUGGAUUAUUUGGCUACGAAAAAAGUUCUUCACGGCGAUUUGGCCGCUCGUAACGUCCUACUGGCCGAUGGCGGAGUGGCUAAAGUGGCGGAUUUCGGAAUGUCUCGCAACAUGUAUUACGAAGGAAAUUAUCAGAAAGAAUCGCAGGGUUUAAUGCCCGUCAAAUGGAUGGCCAUUGAAUCUCUGACGGAUCGCCGUUUCUCCACGCAAUCUGACGUCUGGUCGUACGGCGUUCUUCUUUGGGAAAUCUUCACCUUAGGCAAAGUGCCAUAUCCAGGCAUGGAAGCCAACCACGAGCUUGUAGUGCAACUGGAAAAAGGAUACCGUAUGGAGAAACCUGAUUUUGCACCCAAUUAUUUUGGAGAAAUUAUGGCGGGUUGUUGGAAAUCGGACCCGAAGGAGAGACCAACGUUCAGCCACAUCGAACAGCAGAUCAGCAUUCAAAUGGAGUCGACCGUCAGUGAUCACUAUUUAAAUUUGAACGAAUCGUACGAGAAGUUGAACCAAGAGAAAGUGAGUACCCCGGCCAACGAACCUCUGGGUCUGGCCAAAGCUCUGGACUCUAAAGAGAAAUUAAGCCGAAAGAGUUCAGAUGGCGACAUGCCAACCAAUAAACCAGUCUGGAACGCAAUGAGUUUGCGACGAAUCUCUGAAGAAAAGACUAACAUCGACGCCAUGUCCCAACAAAAGACGCAGAUAGGCAACCAGUACGUUUAGGGUUGGAGUCUUGGGUUUUAUUAUUGCCCGAUCACCUGUAUGCUGGGCCAGCGGUUAGGGUACGUAGUUGUCUGUAAAAAGAGGCCAACUAAAUCUCGAUCAUUGCCAUUUUUCUAUAAAUGUGUUGUCUUUUUAUCGUUUCAUUUACUGUGUCACCGCGACUGAGAUGCAGUCAAAAACAAUACAUUUAGCUAUACCUUUUGAA